AUGGGUUUCAAAAAAUAUUCUGAAUUAAUCGGUCAUCUUCUUGUUGCUGAACAAUAUAAUGAUCUUUUAAUUAAAAAUAAUGAAACUCGGCCUCCUGGUACUGCUCCAUUCCCAGAGGUGAAUGCUGCAAAUUUUCACUCGACUUGGCGUGAAAGAAAUCUUGACCCCAGUCGUGGUCGAGGUCGAGGUCGAGGUCGUGGUCGUGGCAGGUAUUUCAAUCAGGGUAAUCGUCUUGCAAUAAAUAAUAACCCUCAGCAUCAGCAGUGCAAAAGGAGGGGUAAAGCUCCUGAAGCAGCACCAAGGACGAACCCUGAAAGUAGAUGUUAUCGAUGUGGAGGAAAGGGAAACUAG